GGAAUCCCUCCGAUACGGUUGCGUACGACAGUACCUGAACACGGUAAAGGGACUCGUUUUGCAAUGCAAUUUUCGCACUAUAGCAUUUGAUACUUACGCGCACUGACAUCGUUUUUUUGCUCGGUACCUUUCAGAAAUAAAGGAUCCAGCGUUGCUGUAAUCAGCAGAUGCACUGUGACGGUUUGUAGGUGGGAAGCGAUAUUUCGAGGAAAACCCGUUCGUGGCAAUGGAUCGAACCAAAGAUUUGAUUGUCGCAGCUGAGCGCUUCUUGGACACGGCAUCCCUUCCACCGGAGCAAACUCGCCAACUCCGGGAAGCGGUCUUGCUCGGGCGACGAUCGCGUUCGCCGGGAAGCUUUGCCGUGGCUGCAAAGGGAGUAGAGGACAGCAUAGGCACCCUAUGGGGCAGCAUUCGCAGCAUGCAGCAAGAAUACCUAAAGGACGCUGAUGCCUUAGCGGAGCCAGACGCGACGAAGGAUGCCAACGAAGCGCAGCUUGCCGCCGUCAUAAAGCGGAUAGGUGGCUACAUUGAUCGGCUCAAGCAAGCAGCGGCAUCAGCGCAGAAGACCUAUGGCAGCAGCGAACGUGUGAAUGAGCACACGGCUGCCCACAUGCAUGGCGUGGUCCUCAUCCUGGCUGAGCGGUUGCACCGGGCCGCCAGAUCCUUCGACCGCCUGCGAGCUGGCAGGUACCAGGCACUCGUGCAGCAGCAGCCCCAGCAGCAGCGGCAGCGGGGGCCGCUGGGCACGGCAGUUGCCAAGGUGGGGAUGAAGAGAGGGUGCACCUGGAAGGAGUUGCUGGGAAUGUAUGGCUACGCAACGACCUUGCUUAACGCCGCAUUGCACACGCCGUCACUUCCACCUUCACCACAGCAGCAGCAACCCCCGCCGCCACCGCGACAGCAACGGCACAGCAGCAACCACCACCUCGCAGGCACCUUGCCUGGGAGGUGGUGGCAGUUGACUGCCUGCUGGCGGCGCUUGAAUGCAUGUCACCGCGAUCCCUUUUUAAUACCGCGAUCCCUUUUUAAACUCCCCAAAGCAGGGCGCGGGGCUGGGUGGCGGUGGUGGCUCCUCCGGCAGUGCCUCCGCCCUCGCCAGCUGGCCGCAUGUGUUGGGUGUACGACAUGCGGUGAGCAAGGGGUACGAGGAGCGAGCGGGCGCAGACGCAGACUUCGUCCCUGCUGCUGCUGCUGCUGCGGCUUCCUCGUCGGCAGCAGUGGGAAAAGGUGGAGGCGGCGGUGGCGGGCAGGGUGCGGAGUGGCCGGUGCAGGUGCAGGCGGUGGAGCAGGAGAACAGGGCGCUGCUGGAACGUUUGACUGCCACUCGAAGUGCUGCGCUGUCGGUUGAGAAGGCGGUUCACGACGUGGCGGCACUCAACCAGAUGUUCAGUACGGCAGUGCUAACGCAGGCGGAAACCAUUGAGUCCAUAUAUAUGGCCGCUGUUGAGGCGACGCACAACAUCACAGCCGGGAAUAAGUCGUUGGAGAAGACGGUUGCUGUUAACCGUUCCACGAGUCGAUACAUCCUCGUGUUGUUGCUGGUGGCUACCGUUCUGUUGUUGUUCUUCGACUGGUUUAACAGCUAGGUUCCCCGCGUGGCUUCUUCAUGGCGACUGGGAUGUGGUUGUAACGGAGAGGAUCGCAUGUGGUGUACUGGAUGCAUUAAGUGCCUUGUUAUCCUUUCGUGCUACGGACGACACCGAGACUGCCCAUGGUCUAAUAGCUUGAAGUUACGGGUACAUGUUACAAUGGCACACCCCGCGACGGAGGGCUUAAGUAAGUCCAAUCAUAAGAUCGU